AUGGAAUGCGGUCCGACGAUGGUCGGCGAUGGUGAUAGCGAUCCGCAAUUGAUGGCGUUGCUCGAGGCGAACCUGAUGAAACAGUUGGGCAAUGAGUUUCAGGUACAAUCUGCAACACUAGUGAAGCUGGCAGCUGGUGUAUUUGUCGCUGGCUCAACGGGUCUUUAUCUCGCGCAAAAAUCGGUGCAAUGGAAAGUGCGAAAGUUGCCGCACUAUAGCGAAAGUCUGAAAAUCGUCUACGAGCAUCCGAAAGCGAUUGAAGCGAUCGGUGCGCCGAUUCAAAUUGGCACUGUUGAAUUGGCCGAUAGGCGUCAUAAUUAUGUUGAUAAAACGAGGAGUCAGCUGAGAAUUCCGAUAACAGGUGUUGUUGAUUGUGGUCACAUGGAUGUCUUGGCGGUUAGAGAUGCUGAAAAUGACGAAUUUCAAACCGCCAAAGUUCGAUUAUCAUUGAAUGGAGGCGUUUUCACAAUUUAUGAUACGGGAAAAUGGGAGGACAAUGGUGCCGAUGAUGAAUAA